AUGAUUAAAGGCAAAUUUGUUAAGAAUAGAAAAGCUGAAGAAACAACUUUAAAAGAGCCAGCAAUUAAAGGAACUCCUAAGAAUGUCGACAAUGAUCAUAAAGUUGAAGCAGAAACUGAUCAAGAUGUGAAUUUAGUCCCGAACAGAAAAGCUGCAAAGAUGAAUGGGUUACCUGCACGAAAAAUGGGAGGCAGGAUUCCACGUAUCAGAAUUGGAGAUGGCAACCGAGAGAUUGCUCUUUGCCAAAAAUUGUUGCUGGAAAAACUGAGAGGAAAGCGGCUUAUGUUUGCUGGAGAUUCUAUACAUCUAAAUCAGUGGGAAUACAAUGCAACCAUUGAAUUUUACUGGGCUCCGUUUUUGGUUGAGUCCAAUUCAGACCCUCCAAUGUCAAGGGACGGGAAAAGGGAUCCCAUUAUCCAGGCUGAAUCAAUUUCAAAGAGUACUGGUGAUAAUUGGAAGCAUACAGACUAUCUCAUCUUCAACACCUAUAUAUGGUGGAUGAGGUAUCCCACCAUGAAAGUAUUACGAGGAUCAUUUGAUGACGGGCCCAACAACAUUUAUGAUGAAAUCGAUCGGCAUGUAGCGUUUGAGAGAGCUUUGAGGACAUGGGUCAAAUGGGUUGAGGAAAAUGUUGAUCCUAAUGGUACCCAAAUUUUCUUCAACAGCAUGGCUCCUCAACAUGUCUGGGGAUUGGAUUGGAACAACCCAGAUGGAAUUAUGUGUGAGAAAGAGACCAGGCCAAUUUUAAACAUGUCAAAACCUUUUGUAGUUAGCAGUGACUACCAAUUUUUUGUAACUGCAGUAAAUGUGACUCAAUCAAUGAAAGUUCCUGUCCACUUUAUCAAUAUCACAACCCUCUCAGAGUACAGGAAAGAAGCACAUCCCUCUAUUUAUGGUGCUCGUGGUGGCAAGUUACUCUCCCCAGAGCAAAAGUCUAACCCAGCCAUGUAUGCAGAUUGUGUUCAUUGGUGUCUCCCAGGAGUGCCAGAUGCACGGAAUGAAUUGUUGUACACAUACAUUACCUUCCUCUCUUGA